AAACACAAGGCUUAUGAUAAGAGAACCCCAGGUCUUUUUAAAGUUGAGUGGGAGGGUCAAGGGAUUGUGGGGUUGUGUAGCAAGACCUAUUAUUGCUUUGGGGCGAAAGAUAAGUUUUCUUGCAAAGGAGUUAACAAAAAAUGUAACAAGAUUAACAAAGCCAAUUAUUUACAAGUGUUGCUCACAAAACAGAAUAGUUCAGGUGUUAACAGGGGUUUUCGUGUUGUUAACAACACAAUGUACACUUAUGACCAAGUUAGGGAUGCGUUCUCGUAUUUUUACCCAAAACGAAAAGUUUGGGCUGAUGGAGUUAGCACCACUUCACUCGACAUUUAA